AUGAACCCCACCAUCGGCAUCGCUGUUUUGCUGACAGUCUUGCAGGUAGCCCGUGGGCAGAAGGUGACCAGCCUGACAGCCUGCCUGGUGGACCAGAGCCUCCGUCUGGACUGCCGCCACGAGAACUCCACCACCUCCCCCAUCCAGUAUGAGUUCAGCAUAACCCGUGAGAAGAAGAAGCACGUGAUCUUUGGCACUAUGGGGGUGCCUGAGCACUCAUACCGCUCCCGAACCAACUUCACCAGCAAGUACAACAUCAAGGUCCUCUACUUAUCCGGCUUCACCACCAAGGACGAGGGGAUGUACACAUGUGAACUCCAGCUCUCUGGCCAGUCUACCACCAGCUCCAGCAAGAAUGUCUCUGUGCUCAGAGACAAACUGGUCAAGUGUGAGGGCAUAAGCCUGCUGGCCCAGAACACCUCGUGGCUCUUGCUGCUUCUGCUCUCCCUGCCUCUCCUCCAGGCCAUGGACUUCAUCUCCCUGUGA